AUGUCUCUGUGUCGUCUGCUACUCCUCCGCUCCAUCCGCCGCUACUCCUCCGCCUCUAACCCUUUUCCCUUCCAUUCACCCUCCGCCGGACAAACUUUCGAUUACCCUUCCCAAUACGACCACCACAAUCAGUCCAAUAACUACCAUAAUUCCCAGUUCACCGCCACCGGCGGACCGAAUUACCGAUACGACUCUCAAACACCGGAUGCCGCCGACUCUUCUUAUUAUCAGCGCAAUCCCCAAGAUCCCAUCCCAGGAUCGAAUUACCAGCACAAUCCCUCAAAUCCGAUACAGCAAUCGUCGUAUUCUCAGCACAAUCCCCCGCCGCAAUCCUCGUAUUCCCAGCACAAUCCCCUGUCGCAAUCGUCGUAUUCUCUGCACAAUCCCCCACCGCAAUCGUCGUAUUCCCAGUACAAUCCCCCGCCGCAAUCCUCGAAUUACUACCAGAGCAAUCCCCCGCCGCAAUCGUCGUAUUCCUUGCACAAUCCCCCACCGCAAUCGUCGUAUUCCCAGCACAAUCCCCCGCCGCAAUCGUCGAAUUACUACCAGAGCAAUCCCUACCUCAACACCCAUACGGACGCCAACAACCCCCAGUUUCCAUCCUCCGCCGCGCCCUUCGUCCCACAGCGAUCCCAUGGCUUUUCCUCCGCGGAGGAGGCCGCUGCCGAGCGCCGCCGCCGCAAGCGGCGCCAACGCAUCGAGCCUCCCCUCCACGCCCUCCGCCCGAAUCCCCCUCCAAGGGCCUUGCCCGACGAUCCCAGCAAGCCCCGCCUCCCAGACAGCACCAACGUCCUCGUGGGCCCCCGUCUCAACCUCCACAAUCGCGUCCAGUCUCUCAUCCGUGCGGGCGACCUCGACGGGGCCUCCUACGUGGCUCGCCAGGCUGCUUACAGUGUCUGGAGCCUCCGCACCACCGUCUUCACCUGCAACGCCAUCAUUGCUGCCAUGGGCCGGGCUGGCCGCAACUCGGACGCUCAGGCCCUCUUCCACUACUUCUUCCGUCAGUUUGACAUAAUACCCAACGUGGUCUCUUACAACAGCCUCAUCCUCUCUCACUGUGACUCAGGACAGGUCGACGAGGCCCUUUCUGUCUACCGCCAAAUGCUCGAGCAUGCCCCCUUCAGCCCCUCCUCCUUCACCUUCCGCCACCUCACCAAGGGCCUGGUCCAAGCAGGCCGCAUAGAUGAUGCUGUCAGCAUGCUCCGUGAGAUGAUCCACAAGGGCCAGGGCGCUGACUCAUUAGUCUUCAACAAUGUAAUUCUCGGCUUCUUGAACCUCGGCCAGCUGGACAAGGCCAAUGAGCUUUUUGACGAGUUGAGAGAGAGGUGUGCCGUGUACGAUGGGACUGUGAGUGCCACUUUUAUAGACUGGUUCUUCAAGCAGGGGAAGCCCAAGGAGGCCAUGGAGGCUUACCGAGAUUUACUCUCGAGGAACUACAUUAAGGUGCCUGCCUCACGGAACGUGAUCCUUGAGACACUGCUGAGGCACGGGAGGAAGAAGGAGGCGUGGGACAUGUUCCACGUGAUGCUGGACGAGCACACGCCGCCCACAUUCAUGGCGGUGAACUCGGACACGGUCAACAUGAUGGUCAACGAGUGUUUCAAGGAAGGGAAUAUUGAGGAAGCUGUCGAUGUUUUCAAGAGGUGCGGGAAGGGUGUCAAAUCGAAGCCCUUCCAGAUGGACGUGCCCGGUUACAACAACAUGAUGAUGAGGCUGUGCGAGCUCGGGAUGGUGGACGAGGCUGAGAAGUACUUCACUCAGCUGACGGACAAGUCCCUGUCCCCAGAUGUGAAUUCGUUUAAGACGAUGAUCGAGGCUUACAUAAAGGCAGAUAGGUUGGAGAAGGUGUUGGAAAAGUUUGUGAUGAUGGUGGAGGUCGGGACCGAUGGGCUGAGGGUCAUCCCUCCUUAUGCCAACAAGUGGUUUGGGUACUUGAUCGAGAAGGGCAGUGCUGUAGAUUGCUUGCCUAUUUUGUCGAAAAUGGCAAGUAGGGAGCCGAAGCCUGAUGUCACGACCUAUGAGGUCGUAACAAGGGGCCUUGUGCAGGGAGGUGAGUUUGAUGCCGUCCUGGAGUUGCUUCGGGAUAUGGCGGGCCAUGGUGUUGGGGUCUCUGCUUCACUCAAGGAGUUUGUGGUGGGGGCUUUUGGAGGGGUCAAUCGGCUGGGGGAUAUUGAGAGUGUUCUGAGCAAGUUUCAGAGUCAGUUUGUGCCCCAAAGGCCUCACCUUUUGCCGAGGGGCCCGCAGCUUCUGAGGUCUGACCAUGGAGGAUGGAAUCGGGAGAUGCCCCAUGCGAAUGGUUCAGUGGAACAUGGACGUCAACCAGAGUCCAUGCCGCAGCAGGAACUGGAGUUCCACCGUGUGGCAGGGCAGAAUGCUGCUUGA